AUGAGCGACUUCAACUCCCAUUGCGCUUGCACCCCAGCUGUUCCCCAUGAGUAUGCCCCAACUGGAACAUACACCACCGUCACAGGUCUGAACACUUACACAGCAAAACCCUCCUAUUCCAACUCCCCAACGAGUGCCAUCAUAGCCAUCCACGACAUCUUCGGCUUCAACGCGAAAUCAAAGACGUUUCAAGGCGCCGACCGCUUAGCUUCCCAAACCGGCUCCGUCGUCCUGAUGCCCGAUUUCUUCGGAAGCGAAGCUGUACCACUUGGUCUGCCUGCUGAUGAGCAGAUGAAGAAAGUUCGUGAGUUGUUAGCAGGAAAAGCUAAUGUGGGGAUGGCAGUUGAGAAGGUGAGGGAAAUUGUAGAGGCUGUGAAGUCUGAACCACAGUAUGGGAGUGUGAGGAAGAUUGGUAUUUACGGACUUUGCUGGGGUGGAAAAGUCGCUGUCGCGUCCAGUCAAGCCAACACUCCAUUCGCGGCGAGUGCGCAGGCGCAUCCUGGUAUGGUGGUCGUCGAAGACGCCGAGAAGCUUACUAUCCCGCAUCUUGCGCUCUUCUCGAAGCAAGAUGGUGAGCCCGAACUCAUAGAAGCGUAUAGUAAAGCUCUUGAGGCAAAGAUGGACGCUUCAUCCGAGAAAUAUGAGAGGAUGUCUCAUGGUUGGAUGGGGGCGAGGGCUUUCCAGGACCCGGAGGAUGCUGUGGAGGGGUUCGAGAGGGGGUAA